AAAAUGGCAGAGCUGGUUCCCAAGUCCGUGUUGUUUGUAUGUCUGGGUAACAUUUGUCGAUCACCCAUUGCAGAAGCGGUUUUCCGAAAACUUGUAACUGACCAAAAUCUUUUAGAUAAAUGGACAAUUGACAGUGGUGCUGUUUCUAACUGGAAUGUGGGCCGGUCACCAGAUCCAAGAGCUGUAAGCUGCCUAAGAAAUCAUGACAUUAACACAGCUCAUAAAGCAAGACAGGUUACCCAAGAAGACUUUGUCACAUUUGAUUAUAUGCUAUGUAUGGAUGAAAGCAAUCUGAGAGAUUUGAAUAGAAAAGGUAAUCAAGUUAAAAACUGCAAAGCUAAAAUUGAACUACUUGGAAGCUAUGAUCCACAAAAACAACUUAUUAUUGAAGAUCCCUAUUACGGGAAUGACUCUGACUUUGAGACGGUGUACCAGCAGUGUGUUAGGUGCUGCAAAGCAUUUUUGGAGAAGGCACACUAA